AUAUUGAUAAAAGUCUCCUUGUCAGAGAGAUUUACAACGGAAGUAAACCGAUUUAGUAGCACGACUGAGCUGUGAAGAGGAGAGGUUGAAUAAGAGAGGGUUUUGCGAAUUGCACGUAGAAACGUCAUGAACUUGCUGCUGUCACGUUUUCGAUACGAAUUGUAGUGUGUCGAACGCUGUGCAAGUAGGCUACUGUCAAAGUCGUGGUUGUGUUUGCUAAUUCCACAUGAAUAGAGCCCCACAGUGGAGGUGUCAUAAUACCCACAAAACCUAGCUGUCAAACAGGAAAAUGGUUCCAAUCGUUUUUCUACCAUAAAUGUUUCCCUUUGGGAAUAUUAGAAACACUUAAAAUAAAGGCUGUUCGUUUAGGCUUACUGUGGCGUGACAAUUUGAUAACCAUGUAAAUGCGCAGGCGCCAGAGAUGCAUCAAUCUGAGAAGUUCUCAUGACGCGAUAGCGGGGACAGCUGCAAAAUAUCUCAGCGAAAAUGGCAGUGGAGAAGCGCUUGGCAUUCUCUAUUGUGCAGUUCCUGCGAGAUCAAACUCACUGUGGUGCUUUGAAUUCCGAUGAGCAGGAAAGCCUCGAAGUUGCAAUACAAUGUUUGGAGACCACCUUCAAGAUCAACUCCAGAGACUGUCAUCUCGCAGCACCACAACCUCUCACUGAAAUAUUCCUCAAUUCUCUCCUCAAAAAUGAUCAGAAUAACCCGGUGCCACCAGAGACGUCCCCAUCACCAGAAGACACAGAGAGGGCAGAACAACUGAAGAAUGAAGGGAAUAAUCACAUGAAAGAGGAGAACUACAGCUGUGCGGUGGAAUGCUACUCUAAAGCCAUCAAUCUGGACCUCCGAAACGCUGUCUACUACUGUAACAGGGCUGCAGCCCACAGUAGACUGGGUAACUACACAGAAGCAACGGGGGACUGUGAGAGGGCCAUAGGGAUCGACCCCAGCUACAGUAAAGCCUAUGGGAGAAUGGGAUUGGCAUUUACUGCUAUGAAUAAGUACCCAGAGGCCAUCUCCUACUUUAAGAAAGCUCUGGUGUUAGAUCCAGAGAACGACACCUACAAAUCCAACCUGAAGAUUGCUGAGCAAAAGCAAAAAGAGGCAGUCAGUCCUAUAGCUACGGGACUGGGAUUUGACAUGGCCAGCCUCAUCAACAACCCUGCCUUCAUCAGCAUGGCCGCCAGUGUGAUGCAGAACCAGCAAGUGCAACAGCUUAUGUCUGGGAUGAUGUCCAAUGCAGUUGGGGGUCCAGCAGCAGGAGUGGGAGGACUGUCGGACAUCUCCAGCCUGAUUGAAGCCGGUCAGCAGUUUGCCCAGCAGAUCCAGCAUCAGAACCCAGAGUUGAUCGAACAGCUGAGGAACCACAUCCGCAGCCGCUCUUUCAGUGGCAGCGCUGAGGAGCAUUCGUGAUCCACACAGGUCUGUGUACUACAACACAGAGGUUAGGGCUCGCUCUUAGAGUGCAUCUCCAUAGUCUAAAGAGGCUUCCUCCCCUUCAUGUGCUCAAAUGGAAUGGUGAGAAUUAGCAUGGAGAUUGUGGUAGAUUUGAUGCCACCUGUCCAGUUAUAUCAUAGCAGAGACCUGAUUGUACAUGUGCACUUUUAUUUUACCGGCAAUAGAUGGAUCAGGAUCUGCUUAUUAAUUACUAAACUGUUAUUACAAUGUUGUUACACAAGGUGAAAAGGACAUUUGAAGGCAUGUAAAUGUUUCUUACCUUCAGCGUAUGUUUCAAUAAAGGAAGGGCAACCAUAUGACGUGAUUACAAUCUCUACACCCAUUCCUUAAACUCACAUCACCGGCAGAGCUGGAAUGAAGGGACAGAUAGAGAUGGGUACGAUGGCACUUCACUGGGACUGGGUCUUCAGAGAGGAGAGGAAACAUUUUACACACCCAAACAGGAGACAGAGUAUUUAACACAUUCUAUGUACACUGAACAAAAAUAUGAACACAACAUGUAAAGUGUUGGUCCCAUGAUUUCAUGAGGUGAAAUAAAAGAUCCCCAAAAUGUUCCAUACGCACAAAAAAGCUUAUUUCUCUCAAAAUGUUGUGUACAAAUUUGUUUACGUCCCUAUUAGUGAGCAUUUCUCCUUUGCCAAGAUGAUCCAUCUACCUGACAGGUGUGACAUGUCAAGAAACGGAUUUAAACACAAUGAUCAAUACACAGGUGCACCUUGUGCUGGGGACCAUAAAAGGCCACUCUAAAACAUGCAGUUUUGUCACACAACACAAUGCAGUAUAUGUCUCAAGUUUUGUGGAAGCGUGCAAUUGGCAUGCUGACUGCAGGAAUAUCCACCAGAGCUGUUGCCAGUGAAGUUAAUGUUAAUUUCUCUACCAUAAGCCACCUCCAAUGUCGUAUUAUAGAAUUUGGCAGUAUGUCCAAACGGCCUGAUAACCGCAGACCACGUGUAUGGCAACGUGUGGGCGAGCGGUUUGCUGAUGUCGACAUUGUGAACAGAGUGCUCCAUGGUGGCGGUGGGGUUAUGGUAUUGGCAGACAUAAGCUAUGGAAAACAAACACAAUUGUAUUUUUUAGAUGGCAAUUUGAAUGCACAAAAAUAAUGUGACGAGAUCCUGAGGUCCAUUAUGAAGCCUAUUUUUUUAAAGGUAUAUGUGACCAACAGAUGCAUAUCUGUAUUCCCAGUCAUGUGAAAUCCAUAGACGGGCCUCAUGAAUCUAUUUCAAUUGACUGAUUUCCUCAUAUGAACUGUAACUCAGUAAAAUCUAUUAAAUUGUCUUUUAUAUUUUUGUUCAGUAUAGAUUAUACCCAAUCAGGAAACAGAGUUUGAAACACAUUCAAGACACCCAAUUAGUUUCAAAUACAUUUGAAAGGGAGGAAGGAAUUAAGGAAGGGGAGAAAUUGAGGAAGGAGUUAAGGAAUGAGAGUAAAGGGAUGAAGGAAUUAAGGAAGGAGUGAAAGGGAGAAAAUAAUUAAGAAAGGUGCGAAAGGGGAUUAGAGAAAGGAGGAAGGAAUUAAGGAAGGUGUGAAAGGGAGGAAGGAAUUAAGGAUGUAGUGAAAGGAAGGAAAUUAUUAUUAAGGAAGUACUGAAAGGGAUAAAGGAUGCAUGUGUGAAGUAUUUGAACAGGGACAGAACGGUUACAUUGUUUUCUAUUCUACCGUGUUCAAACCGUUAUUUUUGUACCAAAUAUUUUGCUAUAGUUUCUGUUGGGUCAAACAAAGCCCCUAAGCCUUGAUCAUGUGGAAUUCUAGCAUUGCUUUCGAUAGCAAUUAUCUGACUGCUAAUUUGAAGAUAAAUGAACGUGUCCUUGAAAGUAUGUAGUGUCUGCAGCCCAACACCCCUGUAUUUACAACCAUAGCAAACACACAUGUCAAUGCCAUUUCCAUUUUUUUUCAGUUUCAUUUGACAUAGCUGAAGCAAUGUUGAUAGCUAGUAUAAGACUCCUUCAGUCUUGUUGAUUUUGCAUGCUCUUCCAUCUGAUAUGUGUCAAACAAGCUAAUGAAUAUGCUUGUAAAACAAAGCAGCAUAAUGUUUUGCCUAAAAAUAUGUCUCAAUAAAAUGUAUUGCAAUUGA